AUGACUUCUUUUGUCUUCAUAACUAGAGAUAUGGGAAGCUUUGAGAAAGAUCCCCAUCAUUCUCCUGUGGGUGAAUCUCUAGUCCUGACUAAAUAUUAUCAGCAUAUCUUGAUAAUGAUAUUUGCUGUGAAGAAGAUCAAUGAAGACCUCCAACUCUUACCUAAUAUCACCUUGGGUAUCAGAAUCUAUGAUAAGUAUGCUGGCUAUCAUGCCAAAAUGGAACUUUUCUCAAAUCAGAACAGAUUUGUUCCCAACUACAUCUUGAACAAACUCAUAUCAGUUGUUGGGUCUAUUGAUCCUGGAAUCUCUUUAGUAGAUAUUUUAGAUACCUACAAAGUUGCACAGUUCCCAACUGCUUCUUCUCCAAAUGAGAGCCCAUUCUACUACCACAUGGUUGCAGGUGAAGAACUUCAUUACAGUGGGAUUAUUCAACUACUCUUGCAUUUCAGUGCUGGGGAUGCAAUUUCUUUUGACCAGAAUGGAAAACUGAUUACAGGACUGGAGAUUGAGAACUGGGUCACUUUCCCCAACCAAUCCUUGCAUCGAGUGAGAGUUGGAAAGCUGGAUCCCUGGGUUACUGAAGAUAAAAUGUUCACCAUUCAUGAGGAAGCUAUCAACUGGCCCAACAUUUUCAACCAAACAUUACCUAAUUCCCUGUGUACUGAGAGCUGCUCCCCUGGUUAUUUCAGGAGAAAGCAGGAAGAGAAACCUUUUUGCUGCUAUGAUUGCCUUCCAUGUCCCAAAGAGAAAAUGUCAAGCCAGAAGGAUAUGAAUGACUGUCUUAAAUGCCCAGAAGAUCAAUAUCCAAAUAAGGAUCAAGAUUCAUGUCUACCCAAGAAAAUAUCUUUCUUGUCCUAUAAAGAACCAAUGGGGAUAAGUUUAGUUACUCUGGCAAUUUUCUUUUCUCUCUGCACACUUGUAGUACUAGCAGCAUUUUUGAAGUAUCACCAUACUCCCAUUGUUAAGGCAAAUAACCGAAAUCUCACCUACCUCUUACUCAUGUCCCUCUUUCUCUGCUUCCUUUGCUCACUGCAGUUCCUUGUUGCACCAGGUAAUAUAAUAUGUCUCGUUCGACAAAUUAGCUUUGGCAUCAUCUUCUCAGUGGCUGUGUCUUCUGUGCUAGCAAAAACCAUCACUGUGGUUCUGGCUUUCAUGGCCACCAAGCCAGGAUCCAGGAUGAGGAAAUGGGUAGGAACAAGACUGGCCACCUCCAUUGUUCUUUCUGGUUCCCUGAUUCAAGCAGGCAUCUGUAUGGUGUGGCUCUUCACAUUUCCCCCUUUCUCUUAUGUUGACACCCAUUCAGAAAUUGAGGAAAUUGUAUUGCAGUGCAAUGAAGGCUCAGCUACCAUGUUCUACUGUGUACUGGGAUAUAUGGGCUUUCUGGCAGCUGCCAGCUUCACAGUAGCAUUUUUCUCCAGGAAUCUGCCCAGCAGUUUCAAUGAGGCCAAAUGUCUCACGUUCAGCAUGCUGAUCUUCUGCAGUGUAUGGCUCUCCUUUGUUCCAUCCUACCUGAGCACCAAAGGCAAAUACAUGGUGGCUGUGGAGGUUUUCUCCAUUUUGACCUCCAGUGCUGGGUUGCUGGUCUGUAUAUAUUUCCCCAAAUGUUACAUAAUCAUUGUUAGGCCAGAGCUAAAUAACAAGGAACAACUAACAAAGAGAAAAUAUUUGUAA